AUGACUGAAAUGAAAGAAGUUAAGGCUAUGACUCCAAAAGAGUUUAAAGCUAAGUCAAAACCAAAAUUUGCUGCUAAUUUUGAAGAAUAUUACCCUGUUAAUACACUUAGAAAGUAUGGAUUUGAACGACAUGAAUGUCCUAUCUGUCAUGAACAUUAUUGGAGUACAGCAACUACUAGAGUAAAAACAUGUGGAGAUUCUAAUUGUGAAGGAAAAUAUAAAUUUAUUGGAACUGGUUGUGGUAUUGGAGCUAAAGGACAUAAAAUUACUAUUGAUGAAGCAUGGAAAACUUAUGAAAAAGCUUUAACUUCUACAGAAAUCCCAGCUACUGCUAUUAAAAGAUACCCAGUAGUUGCCAGAUGGAGAAAUGAUGUAGAUUUUGUAGCUGCAGGUAUUUAUUGUUUCCAACCAUAUUGCGUUACUGGACAAUUAGAACCACCAGCCAAUCCAUUAAUUUGUCCACAAUUUUGUCUUAGAUUUAAUGAUCUUGAUAAUAUUGGAAUAUCAGGAAGACAUUUUUCUGGAUUUAUUAUGAUUGGUCUUCAAGUAUUUAACUCACCCCAAAAAUAUGUUUACUUUAAAGAAGAAUGUGUUGAUUAUAAUCUUAGAUGGUUAACAAAAGAACUUGAAAUUGAACUUGAUGAUAUUACCCUUAUUGAGGAUGUUUGGUGUGGUGGAGGAAAUCUUGGACCAUCAAUUGAAAUGUUUGUUAAAGGACUUGAAGUUGGAAAUAUGGUCUUUACUCAAUACAAAAUUCUUGAUUUCGUUAAAGGAGAAUUUGAACCUUUGAAACAUCAAGUCAUUGAUGUCGGAAUUGGACUCGAGAGAAUUCCUUGGUUAAUUAAUGGAACACCAACUUCUUAUUUAGAAGCAUUCCCAGGUGCAGUUAAAUACCUUCAAUCAAAACUUGGAGUCACUUUAGAAAGUGAUGUUAUUUCUAAGUUUGCUCCAUACUGUUGUUUACUUAAUUUGGAUGAAUGCAAAGAUGUAAAUAAAGCAUGGGCGGAUAUUGCUAAAGAAUGUGGAGUUGAAAAUAGAGAGGUUUUACAAAAAGCUAUUCAACCAGCAAGAGAUCUUUAUAUUAUUGCUGAUCAUUCAAGAACUAUGUUAAUUGCAAUUUAUGAUGGAGCUUUACCAUCUGCUGUUGGAGGAGGAGCUAAUUUAAGAAAUAUAGUAAGAAGAAUGUUUAGUAUUCUUGCUAGGAAUGGAUGGUGGGAAAAACUUGGUGGUAUGGAUGGACUUAUGGAAUUAUUUGAAUUCCAUAAAAAAGACCUUGAAAAGAUAUAUGGCAAAUUUGAUGAAUAUAAAUCAUUUAGAAAGAUUAUUGAAAUGGAAUACCAAAGAUGGUGUACUACUGAUAUGGAGUCACAACAAAAAGUUCAAACUUUACUUAAAAAGAAAAAAGGUGUAUUGACUGUUGAUGAUUGGAUCUUUGCAAUGAAAUCAUAUGGAUUAUCUCCAGAUAAAAUUAAUGAAAUUUCUAAACUCCCAGUUCCAGAUAAUUUGUAUACUAAACUUGCAGAAUUAGAAGACCAAAGAGUUAAAAUGCUUCCAACAGAAUUAUAUGAAACUGCUGACAUUCCUGAAACUAAAGAACUUUUCUAUGAAAAUGGUAAUUUAAGAGAGUUUAAUAGUGAAAUAGUCAGUGUAUUAGAAAAAGUCGACGAAAAAGGAAAAGGUACUGGAAUUCAUAAUCUUGUUAUUUUGAAAGAAACUGCGUUUUAUCCAAUUGGGGGAGGACAAGAUAAUGAUACAGGAAAGAUUAAGAUUGAUGGAGUUAUUUAUGAUGUUACUUAUGUUGAAAAAGUCGGUAAAUGUAUUCUUCAUCAUAUUAACUCAGACCUUAAGAAUUGGGAAGAACUAAAAGGUAAAAUGGUUAUAGGAUAUGUUGAUGAUCAAAGAAGAAAUCAAUUAAGAGCUCAUCAUACUGCAACACAUAUUAUUCAUCAAGCAGCACAUCAAGUUCUUGGUCCACAUGUAUGGCAAAAUGGAGCAAAGAAAACAGUUGAAGAAGCUCAUUUAGACAUCACCCAUUUCUCAUCUAUUACUAGAGAAGAAGAAAAUGCAAUUGAAAAACUUGCAAAUGAAAUGAUUCGAAAGAGCUUGAAAAUUAACAAAUUUGUUUUAUCUAAAGAAGAAGCUGAAAAGAGAUAUGGAUUUUCUUUAUAUCAAGGAGGUGUUGUUGCUGGUAAUGAAGUUAGAAUAGUUGACAUUUCUGGUUAUGACACUGAGGCUUGUUGUGGUACACAUUGUGAUAAUACUUCACAAGUUGGACUUAUUAGAAUUAUUAAAACAAACAGAAUUUCAGAUGGUGUAGUUAGAAUUAGAUUUGUUGCUGGUGAUGCCGCUUAUAAAAAUAUGGCAAUGGAAAAGAAUCUUAUUAAUGAUCUUUGUGAUUCUUACAGCGUUCUUCCAGAAGUAUUACAACCAACUCUCGAAAGAAUCUUCACUGAUUAUAAAAAAUUAACAAAACAAAGCAGUAAAAUGAUUGGUGAAAUUUUCAAUUUGUAUAUGAGAGUAAUUCUUGAUGAAAAGAAUAAAAUGGUAUUUGCCUCAAUCCCUGGUGCUACUCAAACCACUUGUGUUUCAUUUAUUCCACAACACGCUCCAGAAUUUAAAAAAGCAGGUAAAAGUGUCUUAGUUCUCGGUGAAGGAAUGGUUUAUGCAUUAGUUAACACUUCUGAUUUCAAAGCAGAAGAAUUAAAAGAUGUUCUUGAGAAGAGCAAAGUUUCAAAAAGAAAACAAGAAAAGAAAGAUGAAGGAAAAGAAGAGAAGAAGGAGAAGUCCGUUCCAUUCAGAGUUUCUCCUUUAAAAGUAAAAGCAAAAGGAAAGAAACCUGAAGUCAUUGAAGGAUAUGUAGAAGUUACUGGAAGUAUUGGAGGUAAUGUUACUUUAGUUACUGAUUUCCUUAAGAAAGCAGGAUUUAUUGAGUUCCAACUCUAA